AUGUCAUCGAGGCGGGGCGCCAAGCCGCCGCGCUUGACACCUGGGGCGCUGGCUGCGCACGCGGCAGCACACACCCCCGCCCAGAAGACGAUUACGAAGGUGUCGACUGCGCCGUCUGCCUCCAAGGCAGUCAGCCUGGCAGGCGCGUCCACCGCGGCAGGAGAUGGGGCCACCAGGAGGCGAGGUCCCAAUAAGAAGGUCAGUUGCUCCAGGAACGCGUGCAAGGAGGUGAUGCUCAGUGGCAAGGCUGCCUGCGCCGAGUGCCAUGCCACCUUUGCGUGGGGCAACUUCGACGGCGAGGGGGCGCUCGAGGAGGUCAUUCAGAAAUGCAACACAGAGCCGUCCAGCGAUCAGCUGUUCAGUAAGGUCAACACCAUCAGGAUCCAGAAGCACCUCGGUGAGAAGACGAUGGAGACUGAGCAGGUAGUUGGACAGGAAUCGCACAAGCUCAGAAUCAUCGAGACUUGGGAUGGCCACCUGAAGUCGACCAUCGAAUCCGAGUCGGGGAAGAGCUUCAAGGAGCUGAAGCUGACGCAGACGCUGCUGCCUUCUGCUGACCUGCGGGCCGCGCACCCAGGGGCACUGACCAAGGUCAAGGGCGUCAGAUACGAGCUGGUGAAAGAGCACAUCGUCUCGAAAGACACGUUCAAUAUGCUCCACUCGAGCCAGAUGCGCAAGCAACAGGGCGCCAACGCUUUCAAGAGGGCCAAGCAGCAGUGGACUUCUGCGUUCGUCAGGAGGCUGCGGAACACGACCAUCACCAAGCUCGACUUGGGGGGUGAUGACGUUCCGCCAGACGACGGCGACGGCGGCCCUGCAGACGAUGAUUUGGACGCAGAAGGUGAGGAGGGAGAAGAGGAGGAUGACCCAGAUGCGGCUGACCCUUGCAUUGAUGAGGCUGCGGGCAAUCCUGCGCCCACGCUUGCAGCACCGUCUGCCGCGGGCGCUGCUGCUUCCUCGGCGCCGCGGUAUCCGCAGCCAUCCCCGCCCAGGUCCAUCAAGGCUGCCUCCGCCGUCGGGGCGUCGGUUCGGAGCCCUGCUCCGAAGAGGUCGCCUUCUGGCGGCAUGUCUGUCCUGCAACGCGUGCCGCAGGACGGCAAGUACGAGUACUACGGGGUCACGUGGGGCACGAACGAUGCCGAGGAGAAGGCAGCGCUCGAGAAGCUGGUGAAGUGCGACCCCAUCGAGGCCUUGAUGGACCAGUGCACGAAGGCCAGCGAGAGGUGGGCCAGGGAGUUGCACAAAAAACGGGCUGACGCUGACCCCAGCGACUCGAUUGCCACUCACAUCCAGAAGCACUUCGCGUUGAUGGCGCGGUGCAGGGCCGUCUCCCUCAACAGCCUCCCGUGCUACGGCAAUCGGGAGGAGCGCAUCCAGGACAUCGAGGCAGUGGUCAAGGCGAAGGUCGAGUUCCCGAUCGAGUGGCAGGUCGCAGUUGCUUUUCGCGCGCUGGAAGACAUCACCCAGUCGAGCUCCAUGUUGGCACAUAUCAAGGAAGCCAUGGUCAUCGCGUCGUUCGUUCCAGCCGAUUUCUCCGCCACGUUUGAGUUCGACCCCCUGCAGCCCGAGAUGCAUGCGAUCGUCGGUUCACCCGAUGAGGUUGUGUCUCGCUGGCGGGGCGCGUUCAGCAGGAUCCUGAAGGCGUUGGUCAGGCUUGCAGAGGGGAAGCCGAACUCACAGGCAGUCGCCGCGGCCAUCCAGCUAGAGGAUAUUCUCACCGACCUCGACGUCGACUCUGACCCCUCGUACCACAGCUGCCUCCAGGAGUCCCUCAAGCCACUCAGGUGCCUCAUCUGUGUCUUCGACUGUUCGCACUUAGAGUUUUACGACGACGUGGCCGACACGCUGAGGGCUGCGAAGGCGGGUGGCCUCGCGGUCAACGAUACGAGGCGCGCCGUGAUCGACGCUAUGGAUAAGCUCCCCGCCUGCACCGCCAAGCUCGAAGAGAUCAAGAAGAGUUCCAGGGCGGCCCAGCAGCACUCCGAGCGCAUUAUGACGAUGUGUGAGGCCAUUGUAGACGAGACAAAGACCCACCCGCCGCAGCAGCUUCAUAAGUGGCUGGACAUGCUGAUGAAGGCGAAGAUCGAGAUCGGCAUCCCUGAUGCGACGGCGCAUGCCUUCAACACGUUCGGCACGGCCCUGGAACGGCACCUUUCCGAGGGCAGCGUGCGGCACAUCCUUUCGGGCGACGUCGGAUGCAUCGCAGUCGCUGGGCAGCUCAUGGAGUUCCUGCGGGCCGCGUGUCCGCACUUCCCUGGGCACAGUGGUGUCAUUACGAAGGCGAUGGAGCUAGGAAGUGCGUUCCUCGAGCAAGCCAGUAAGACUGCGAUCGCCGACGCAGCUGCCGAUGCAUUCGGCAACUUGUCGAGGGCGUCCCAAGGCGAGGUGGAGUUCAAGCCGAUCAUCGACCAGACGGCUGCGGCCAUCAACGACUUCGUCAACUCGCAGCUCACCAUCAACGAUGACCAGGCCUCGGACGCGGUGCGGGGCAUCAAGUGUCUGAAUGAUGCGAGGUUGGCGCAUUACCACAUGUACUCGCCUGCGUUCAUGGGGAACUUGAGCGCCCUCGCAGUCUCCCUGAAGAGCAUGGUCCUCGAUCAGGCGGAGUGCAGGGCCGCCGACGCUUUCGAGGACUUGUGGGCAAAGCUGUCGGCGGUGUCGGCGGCGAAGCAGUCGUGGAUGCAGUUGGGGGGGGCCGUUGAGGCUCGGAUCGCCGCGGACGUUGGCCUUGGAGCGAUCUUGGACGUGCUGUCCGCGACCGUCGCCCUGGAGAAGGCUGUCAACGCAGUUGGCAGCAACAGCGUGGCUGACAUCGGGAAGGUGGCGGCGGUAACCUGCGACAGCAGCGACAGGGAGCUCCAGCUAGCGCUGGCCUCGAGCAAGCUGGAGAACAUCGGCCAAGGUGUGGACGACGGCACCGACUGGGCGAGGGACCUCUCCGACAAGACAAUCGAGGAGGUGAAGGCCGUCGGGAAGACCGACUUCCUCGCGGAGUUCAAAGCGUUGGAGCUGGAGGCGGCCAUCGGCACGGUGGAGGGCGCCCUCACCAGUGCCAAGGCCCUCUGCGAGAAGUUCGGGCGGGAGCCGAACGCUGACUUGGUGUCGAGAGCCAACAGAGCGCUGCUCAUCGGGAAGAAGACCCGCUGGGAGGGCUUGAUCCUGCUCGAGCUCGUGGCGAUGGACGCCCAGAGCAACGAUUCGGCAGAGCGCGGCACGACUGUUGCGAACAUCAGGAAGUUCAAGCGCCUCGCCGAGAAAGAUGGAGUAUUCAAAAACAUGUUGCCGCAGAUAGUUGAGGCCGUGAGCUCCGCUGAGAGCAGCAAGAAGAGCGUCGUCGUCGUCACCACGACGGAGGCCGCCGACGGCGACCCCGCGGACCCCUUCUCGCCGCCCGACGACGCGGCCGAGCCCGCCCCCGCGGUGCCACCGAGGCCCGCCGAGGUGCUCGGCAGCGCCCCGCCGCCCGCGCCGCAGGAGUGGGGCGGCGCCGCGGCCGCACCUCCGCCGCCGCAGGCCGAGGCGCUCGAGUCCUCGCUGUCGGCGCUCCUCGGCUCCGCCCUGGCGCAGUCGCCGGUAGAGCUGGAGGACCCCGCCCCGGCGCCUCCGCCGCCGGCGCUCUUCGAGGCGGCCUCCGACGGGCUGGACCCUGAGGCGGCGCUGAGCGCGCCAGCCGCAGGCGGCCUGCCCGCGGCGGCCGACGACCUGGAGGUGGCAGAUCUCGAGGGCAAGGAGAAGGACGGGACCGGAGGGGUGCUGCAGUCAGGGACGACGCCGUAG